UUCCUUUCCGAGUUUUCGCCGCGACGGCGGGACGGCCAUGGAAGCAGAGACUGUGCAGGAUUCGCAGGAUGCGGUUCCGGCUCCAGGUCGUGAGGCCAUUCCUUUGAUGAGAGCCAGAGAAGGUGAUGGCAGCGAAGCUUCCACCCACUCACCCUUGCUAGGAUCUUCUGUGGCUGGGACUGCUUCAGGCUCCAUGGUCAAGACAGCCUCGAUCAUAGUGCUGUGUGCUUUGGCUUUUGGGGUUGGCAUCUUCUUGGGCCCGACCAAGGCAGCUGGAAGCGAUGGUGGAGACGAAGGACUCGAAUCCGUUGUAGGAGGUUUCUCUCUUCCAUCCUGGAUGCCCUUUGUUCCCCAUGCUGAAACCAACACGACAACCAGCUCCACUACCACCAGCUCAACUGGAACAUUCACAACAGCUACCAGAACAGUGAGUAGCACAACAAGAACCACCUUCACCAAGACCACCUUCACCACCACAUCCAUGACGAAGACCUCCAAGACGACCACUUCGCAGACCAUGACAACCACGCCACGCUAUCCCAGAGGGCGAUUUUCCUGUCUUAGUGACAUGAACCUGGGUCCAGUGAAGCAUCCCGACAAGAAGGGCAUUGCUAUGGAUGAUACCACCUUUUCAAAGUGCCCUUCACUCACAGCAGUGCAGUGGCCAAAUGCGCAGGAGAACAUUUCAUCGUUGCGCCUUUUCAAAGCAUGGGACGCAAACUGGGAAGCUGACCGACUAGAAGCUUGGAAGGCUCUGAAAGAGUACAUAGUCAGUUCAGGUGUCAAGGUGCUCUAUGGCACGCAAAUAUCUUGCAAUGAAACAGCCGACGACACGGACUGGCUGUUUGUGAAAGAAUUGAUGAUUUAUAUAGGCAGACCACAUGUCAUGGGAGUGGCCGUGGGGAAUGAAGUGGAACUACUUCAUACACAGAAAACCUGCAGCAAGAAGUGUGCGGAGGACAUGUGGGAUGGAGGGUAUUUCCUGUCGAAAGUGAUGCACCGGGCAAAUGACCUUAACGCCAUGCCUGGUUUCGCUGAUGUUCGAUUGACGACCGUCAUGGGCGGAUUCGUCCUAGGUGGCCAACCCUUCGUGAAUACAAAGGAAGCUAGGGUGCAUGAAUUCUUCAAGAAGAUUAAUGCGAACUUCGGACGAAGAUGGGCUUGGUCUUGGAAUACGUAUCCAUACUUUGAUCCGCACAUUGUGAUGGAUAAGGGUCCUUGGCACACUUGCAGCAGAGCCAUGAUGGCUGCAAUCAACUUUGCGCCUAGUAGCAUGUUGCCUGGCCAGCUGCGGGCAUUGAGGACUAGGAUGCAGCAGGUCACCGGUAAUGGAGACGACACCAUGUGGCUGACGGAAACGGGUUGGUCAUAUCCGCGGGCCUCAACUCUUUCGACGGUGAUGAGAAACUGUGCUGAAUGGUCCACCAGCGAAGCAUUUGCGCUCUAUUACCAGGGCUUCCUGGAAUGGGACCUUGGACUUGGACCCAACGUUCGAGGCUUAGAUCAUGCCUUUUUUUUCACCUUACGCGAUUCCGUCAAUUUCGGAGACAAGGAGAAUUUCGGCCUCAUUCGCUCCUGUCGAUCACGCGGCUGCAAGAUGAAGCAUGAGGACCGAAGCGUGGUCCCCUGAUUCGGCAAAGAUCCGAGGACAUUACUUUGGCGAUCCAGAACUUGUUUUCAGCCCCUGCACUGGUCAAUGACGUCAAUGACCAAAUUAAGAUAAUGACACUAGUUGCGAGGAAGUAUCGGAACCACUCGAUGCUGCCCGCCUACAGGUUUCACACCAUUGUGUUUGUGGUACUCCAUUGCCUAGCGAUCUGCACAUUGGGUGAGGAACCGAAGGAUGGUCUAUUAAGAUUCGAAAAUAUUCUUUUGCUGCCAAACUUGCUAUGUUCCGUUCACCAGAGCGGACAGCAACUUGCCACCCAACAUGCAGGGCAAGAUAGGAGCGCUAUCCAAUCUAAUCAGAUGGAGAUCGCAUCAUCAAGAGAAGAAGCACGCUUUUGAGAGUGUGCGACCCUGCAAGCCAGUAUAAAAGAUGCUGACUAAACCGGCCUGACAUCAUAUUGAGCCAGCUUCUUUUUGGGGGCAAGACCAGGUGUGUGUCUUCGACAUGCUUGGUCCGGUCUCCUCUGGCCGCUCUCGGUCCAGAUACAUGUCAAUGUAUGGUGCAGACAGGGCAGAACUCUUCAUUCUUUGCGACUCUGCAGAUUUUUUCAAUGCAAAAAAGCUGUCACGCUUCCAAAGGGUCCCAUUCUCCAAGUGUCUUUUUCCUCCUGAAAUCAAUGAGGCACUGCCC